CUUGUACAGUUAACUAUUACCCUACUACAGUAUUUGGCAGACGAGUUUUACACUGCGAGAUUUACAGUUAAUAGAUUAUUAAUAUUAACGAAGAUUUACGUUCCUUAACAGGGAACAUAAAUGUGCACUGACCAUUAUUUCACAUACACAGGCACGCGUGGCGCAGUGCGCGCACAGAAUAGUUUCUUUUUAGAGUUCGUCAAAGCCACGCGCCCGGCGCGCGAAGCCCGAGCAGGGGAUUCAUGCAGGGGGCGGGGUUUUCCUCCGGGAGCGUGCGGCCCGAAUGGGGGUGGAGGUGCGGUGCACGUGUAGAAAAGGCCGAGCAAGUUCCUUCACCCCCAAAUCAGUAUCCGAACAGGUGAUAUCAACAUACUACGAUACGCUUGUUGGAGCCACGCGAAAGGCACGAGAGCGGAGCUUUACUCUCAAAUUACCUACUGCUGUAGCAUUGCGCACCACCUCAUCUUUUUAUUACACAUUUACGCGUUUAAGAGAUGGAGACAGCUGUCAUCGCGACAACCCAACUGACCCAGGAGUCAUUUUAUCAUCAGUUUUCGGAGAACUUUACAUCCCAUCAGAAACAGGACAGGGAGCGUUGCUCUCCACGCGCAGAACCCAAAGUGCUGAAGAGACAGCGCUCAAGCAGUCCAGAGCUGCUGAGAUGCAAGAGGAGACUGACCUUUAACGGACUCAGCUAUUCAAUUCCUCAGCAGCAGCCCGUGGCUGUGGCCAGGCGAAAUGAACGCGAAAGAAACCGAGUCAAGCAAGUCAACAUGGGCUUCCAGACGCUUCGCCAGCACGUGCCCAACGGAGCGGCCAACAAAAAGAUGAGCAAAGUGGAGACGCUGCGCUCAGCGGUGGAGUACAUCCGCGCGCUCCAGCAGCUCCUGGACGAGCACGACGCUGUGUCGGCUGUGUUUCAGUGCGGCGUCCCGUCUCCAUCCGCAUCCAAUGCGUACUCGGCGGGCCCGGAGUCUCCUCAUUCAACUUACUCCUCUGAUGAGGGCAGUUACGAGCAUCUCAGCUCAGAAGAGCAAGAGCUGCUCGACUUCACCACAUGGUUCGACAGAUAUUAACCAGGUGUUUCAUUGACUGGUAUACAUUGGUGCUGAAAGGACAGCACAUGGACAGUGAUGCGCACUGGUGCGCUCGAAGAAACCGAGGUUAUGGAUGAAGCACUGGCCACAAAAAUGACAUUUUCCAGUCGUGUGCUCGUCAACACAUAUGCAACACUUGCAACAUGUGAUAACUGCCUGGAUAUCUGGGAUAUCCACGGGCUUGUGUUUGUUCACCCAGUCAUCAAAUAUGCAUUCAACAAAUUCGAUCUGUUAAUGCAAUAAUUUGUAAGCGUGAUUAAAUGGGCAGUUGUAGUGAGGAAAAUAGUCCCAUAUAUGGAGUCUGUUAGGGAAUAAACUAACGUUACACUAGGCAGCUCACAGGCAAACUGUAUGUCUUAAUAUUUUUGUGCUAGAUGUGCGGAAGUGAUUUUGUACUGGUUGAAUAACUUUUGUAUCAAAGUGUGCACUUGUGUGUUGUUGUACAAACUUGUGUAUAUGCAAUUUUUUAUUAAGAGAAACCCUAUUUUAUGUAAAAUAAAGAUUUUAUUUAUUC